CAUUUUAUUUUCCCUGUGUCAAAACGGUAACGAGGUCCGAGGUGCAAUGGCGGACGACAUGAGGAGAUAGAGGGUGACUCCACUCUAAAUUUCGAAAUGACUAUAGUAAUAGGUCUUGAAGGAAGUGCCAACAAAAUUGGAAUCGGUAUAAUAGAAGAUGGAAAGGUGCUGUCAAAUGUUAGAAGGACCUAUGUUACACCGCCUGGUCAAGGUUUUCUGCCAAGAGAUACUGCGAAACAUCACCAGCAAAAAGUCUUAGAAGUAUUAAAAGAAGCAUUGGAGGUAGCAAAGGUGAAGGCAUCCCAGAUAGACUGUAUUGCAUUUACUAAAGGGCCUGGAAUGGGUGCUCCACUUGUGUCUGUAGCUGUUGUAGCAAGGACAAUCGCACAGUUAUGGGAUAAGCCAUUAGUUGGUGUUAAUCACUGCAUUGGACACAUUGAAAUGGGUAGGCUUGUAACUGGAGCUGCCAAUCCAACAGUUCUCUAUGUCAGUGGUGGAAAUACACAAGUGAUAGCAUAUUCUGAAAAGAGAUACCGAAUUUUCGGUGAAACAAUCGAUAUAGCCGUUGGUAACUGUUUAGACCGAUUUGCACGAGUUCUUAAGUUAUCAAACGAUCCAAGUCCUGGAUACAAUAUCGAGCAAAUGGCUAAAAGAGGCUCGAAAUAUGUCGAAUUGCCAUACACAGUAAAAGGCAUGGAUGUUAGCUUUUCAGGUAUUCUGUCAUAUAUUGAGAUGAUGGCUGAAAAAUUGUUAUCUUCUGGUGAAUGCACUCCCGAAGACCUGUGCUUUUCUUUACAAGAGACGCUGUUUGCUAUGCUGGUUGAAAUAACAGAAAGAGCAAUGGCGCACUGUGGCUCAGAAGAAGUCCUAAUUGUUGGAGGUGUUGGUUGUAACGUGAGAUUGCAAGAAAUGAUGCAACGAAUGACCGAAGAAAGGGGUGCUAAAUUGUUUGCUACUGAUGAAAGAUUUUGUAUUGACAAUGGAGUGAUGAUUGCUCAAGCAGGCUGGGAAAUGUUUCGAUCAGGACACGUGACACCAAUGGAAGACACUUGGUGUACGCAAAGGUAUCGCACAGAUGAAGUUGAAGUUACUUGGAGGGAUUGAACAGCUUAUUAUAAUUUUUCUAUCCUGAUGAUACUAAAUAGAUUUUAUAUCAAAUAGUCCUUCUCAAUAUAUUGUGCAUUAAUUUGA